AUGGCAGCAACAGUAGCAAAACGCGACUCAAUGGAUGCCACAAUGGCCAAUCUAGAGACGAAGCUGAAAUCUGCCGAGAUCUCCCAAACACCCUCCAAGCGACCCCUAGGUCUAACCGACCUUCCCCCCUCGGUCCGCAACAACAUCUACAAGUACUGUCUCGACACGGAAGUCGUCAAUAUUGGUCUACCCAACGUCUCCUACACCCAUACCAUCACGGAAUCUGUGCUCAAAUUCAGCGCCUCGCGACCGCCCCACCCCGUCGCCACGAGCCUCUUCUACGUAAACAAGGCAGUCAGCAAAGAAGCACUGAAGUUCUUCUACUCAAAGAACCUGUGGGUCAGGUUCGACGUCUACUCUGCUGAUGCGCGGCACGUGAAGACCAUGCUUCAAGACUCCGGCCUUCUGUUUUCAACACCAUCGCUCGAGGCAGCAGAGAACUGCACACAGCACGCAUUGGAAGUAGUACUCGUGGAGAAGAACAGCGCGAUGAAACGCGCCAGUGUCAUGUUCCCCGCACAGUACCUACCCCGACUGAUCAACUUCCUGGACCAAGCAAGUCGCGCAACGGGGAACUGGGCGCCCAUGCACAAACUCUUCCUCGAUGUGGUGAAUACAUAUGGCUUCCCCAUUUCGCGGCUGCAGGGCGAUUUGCUCGAGCUGUUUAGGUUGCUGUCGAACUUUGGCGCCGUCGAGGUGAAUAGCAAGAAUGUGCUGCCGAGGUAUGCAGAGGGCUUGCAGACGAACAUGACGAGUCCGGCUUUUACCGCGGAUGGCUUUAUCGCGAGCGUGACGGAGUUGGCGGACCAAGCUGAUUCGGCUCGGGAGAGGGAAAAGUACGAACUUGCCAAUGAAUACGCGCAAGCUACUAUUAUAGCCAUGACAUACGGCUAUCUGACUCACGCGGAGACUCUGCACUCGCAACCCGAAGAGUUCUCAAAGAACAUUCAGCGACUUCGCUGGCGCACAGAACUCGGCUUGGGCAUCUCCCUGUCUAUCCCGCUCCGCAGUCUGACGGCGAACAAGGACUGGCUCCGCACUCCCAACCCCACACCCGAAGUAAAGAAAGCUGCACGCGACCUUCUUUUGGCAGAAACUUCAGUGUCCAAAGCUUUGAGUCUGGUUACAGACUCCCCCUCACCAGCCUCAAACCCCUGGUACCACACCCUCCCCGUCGAGCUCAUUCCCACCAAUAAGCCAACCUACUUCACCGACCGUGAGCGAGCACAGACCUGGUAUGCUCUGGGUACUGUACACACUGCUUUGGGCGAGUUUAUCUUUGCGUGCGGUGAUAUGGAGAGGGCGCUAGAGCUUUGGGGCAAGGAGAGUGGAGUGGAUGAGGAAGGUGGAUUGAGGGGUAAGAUUGAGGAGGCAUUUGAAAAGGCCAGGCAAGGGAUCGAUGGGGAUGCCCAGAGUAUGUGGGUUGGUGAUGUGAGACCGGGUUCGGGACUGAAGAGGGCGGCCAAGUUGGCUAGAGGGCUUUGA